CCCCAUGCUCUGUGUGUGUGAAAGAGCUUUGCUUUCUAGCUAGCUUAGAGCUGCACAAAAUAAAGUUUCGUCGUUAAAAGAGAAAUAAAGAGGGAAAGAGAGUGGAAAAUCGCGUACCUUUUCUCAUUUUUCACAAAGUAGGACUAAUAUUCAAAGAUUUUUUUGGUUUUUAUAUAUCUUUAUUUUUGGUUUUUAAUAUAUCUUGGGGUGGCGAAAACACGAGUAUAUGGGAAAGGUGGUGGUGGUGGGGGCGGUGGUGCUGAUUCAAAGGGGAUGAGAUAGAAAGAGUGGGAACAUUCUGAGCCUUGUUGGCUUUUUGUGUUUGGUGUAGCUGCGGUGGCUGUCAAAGAUGACGAACAGCUCAUCUUUUUGAUAUCUGCCUUUUUUGGGUUUUGUUGGGUGGUUUCAGUGGUAUGUGGGGUUGGUUCUCUACCUCUGCCGAUAUAGUGCUCAUGCAGUGAAUGUUUUGUGUUUCUUGUCGUUGUUCCACUGAUAUUUGAUUCUUCCUAUUUGGCAAAGUGAGCUGAGAAGUGCAUUGGGACAUUUAAUAGGUGUGUUCUGGGUUCAAGAGACGGAAGAGGUGAAAGAGAAUUUGUAGAGGAAUGUGAAUUCUGGGUUUUGGGCUUCUGAGACUUUGUGGACUAUGAAUGAUCUUGGUGGUCUGUGAUCCAUUGGAAAAACAAAGCAAAAGAAAAAGAGAAAGGGAAUAUCUAGAAUGAGAGCGAUAAACAAAUAAGGGUAGGGCGGUGGUGUCAGUUUUCAGCAAGUGGGGGUGUCUCUGGCUUUGGAAUUUAUAUAUCUUUGGGAAGGAAUCUGUUGGCAAUGUCUCCUAAGCUGACCCUCUUUGCCCGGGGUCCUUGGGCCGUGUUACCAAUCUAGGAAGCAACCACUUCUUUGGGUCUCUUCCCAUUCAAGUUAAGGCUUUGUAAAAAUCACACAACUCCACUCACUCUCUCUCUCUCUCUCUCUCUCUCUCUCUCUCCGACCUUGUUUUGUGGAAAAGAUCAGGCCAUACUAGGAAAAUUUCUUUGAUCCAUCCGUCCUUACUUUGAACAUCAUAAAGUUGAUCUCUUUCAGGUGCUCAACCCUGCUUCUGCGAUUCUCUUCCCAUUCUUUGAGGAAGAUUAGAUUUUAUUGGUGGUCGUUCUUCUGCUUUUUCCGUUCUCUUCCUAUAUAAUUUUGUCUUCGCCAAAAAUGAAGUUUAUGAAACUUGGAUCUAAGCCUGAUUCUUUUCAGACUGAUGGGGACAAUAUUAGAUAUGUGGCGACUGAGUUGGCAACUGACAUAGCCAUUAACAUCAGCGAUGUGAAAUUCUAUCUGCAUAAGUUUCCUCUUUUGUCCAAGAGUGCACGCUUGCAGAAACUGGUUGCAACUGCAAAUGAGGACAACAGCUAUGAAAUCCACAUCCAGGAUAUUCCUGGUGGGCCUGCUGCUUUUGAGAUAUGUGCCAAAUUUUGUUAUGGUAUGACAGUUACUCUCAACGCAUACAAUGUGGUUGCAGCUCGAUGCGCAGCCGAGUACCUUGAGAUGUAUGAAUCUAUUGAGAAAGGCAACCUUGUCUACAAGAUUGAUGUCUUCCUCAAUUCUAGCAUCUUCCGGAGUUGGAAAGACUCAAUUAUUGUUCUUCAAACCACAAAGUCUCUCCUUCCGUGGUCUGAGGAACUUAAGGUGGUCAGCCACUGCCUUGAUUCCAUAGCUUCCAAGGCUUCCAUUGACACUUCCAAGGUGGAAUGGUCAUACACCUAUAACAGAAAAAAGCUGCCAUAUGAGAAUGGGAAUGAUCCAGUUUGGAAUGGCGUUAGAAAACAGCAGAUGGUUCCGAACGACUGGUGGGUAGAAGACCUCUGUGAGCUUCAACUUGAUUUAUACAAGCGGGUCAUAACAACAAUAAAGACAAAAGGCAAAGUUUCUGGUGAUGUUAUUGGAGAAGCUUUAAAUGCAUAUGCCCUGAGGAGGUUGCCGGGUCUUGGCAAGGGUAUGAUUCAGGGCGGGGAUGUCAUAAAGAAUAUAUCAUUGGUGGAGACCAUAGUACAGCUACUGCCCUCAGAGAAGGGCAUUCUCCCGUGCAGUCUCUUAUUUAAGCUGUUGAGAGCAGCAAUAACGUUAGAAUGUGGAGAAAUGGAAAGACGGGAACUGAUCAGGAGAACAGGCCAGCAGCUUGAGGAGGCUACAGUGGCAGAUCUUUUGAUUCAAGCCCCAGCUGGGGAAACAACGAUAUAUGAUGUUGAUAUAGUGCAGAACUUAGUUGAGGAAUUUGUAAUGCAUGAGCAGAAUGCUCGGACUGAUUCUCCCAUGGAAAAUGAAUUCCAGGAGAUUAGAAGCCCAAGGCUUGUACCAGAUGCUUCCAAGGGGAUAGUAGCAAAGCUGGUUGAUGGUUACCUUGCUGAAAUUGCAAAGGAUCCCAGUUUACUUGUUUCAAAAUUUGUCAAUCUUGCUGAAAUGGUAUCAAGCUUCUCAAGACCAUCUCAUGAUGGAAUCUACCGUGCUAUUGACAUGUAUCUGAAGGAACACCCUGGCAUCGAUAAGAGCGAGAGGAAGAGAAUAUGCAGGUUGAUGGACUGCCGGAAGUUGUCAGCAGAAGCCUGCUUGCAUGCAGUGCAAAAUGAGCGGCUUCCCUUGCGAGUUGUCGUGCAGGUCCUCUUCUUUGAGCAGCUUAGAGCAACAUCUACUGGUAACAGCACACCUGAGCUGCCUGGUCCACUCAGGGCCUUACUCCCCGGUGGCUCUCAUGGGAGCUCAAGGUCUACUACAACCAACACAGAAGAGGACUGGGAUGCCGUGCCAACAGCAGCUGAUAUUAACGCUUUGAAAGGGGAGCUUACUACUCUGAGAUUAAGGGUUGGUGGCAGUAAUAGAGAUUUAAAUGAUGGUGCUAAAAGUAAUGCAGAGAAAGUUGGUGCCAAUAAGAUGACAGGUUUGCUCAUGUCAAAGCUCUUUUCAAAGCUCUGGUCAAGCAAAGAAAGAAACGGUGAAAUCAGCAGCUCUGAUACAUCAGAAAGCCCUGCUUCCACCAAUGCGGACGAAACCAAAUCAACCCCUUCCAGAAGUAGGAGGCAUUCAGUAUCUUAGUGGCAGACAUUCUUUGCAGUUUGUAAAAAUUGUCUCACCCAGUUGACAUCAGGAAAUUAGAGCCCAGUUUUGUCUUCCAGCUGAUUUUCUAGUGGGAAUUUUAGGCAAAAGUUGGCAUGUGGCUACAGAAAGAAGUCCCUUGAAAUUCAUUGCUGUGUUUUCCAUCAGAUCCUACUAGUUAUUGUUGGUCAUCUAUAUUCCAUAUGGGCUCUGAUAACGGCCCAGUUUUGCUGUGCCAUAACCAAAAGAGGAAUGGCAAAUUUAUGGUCAUCUAUUUUGGCUGCUUUGCCUUUCUUUCUA